AUGUCCCCGUGGUCUGGGCACAUCUGUGCCCUGAAGAAACAGCUCACCAUGGAGACCAAGGUGAAGCAGGGGGCUGAGAACAUCAUCCAGACCUAUGCCAGCAGCUCCGUCAAGGUUUGGAACGCACACACUCCUUUUUAAAGUCCUCCUUGAAUUAUAUUGGCUCUGUUAAAGAGCAGAAUACAUCAUGCUGUCUAAUGUAGUGGCUUGUAUAUUAAACACAGGGCUCCCAUUUUAUUUUGUCAUGUCAGGCUCACUGGAGAAUUUCCAUUGUGAGAAUGUUCAGUAAUGUGGCGCCAAGGCUCGCUGCUGAACUCUGCACUCUGCAGCAAGUGAUUUAUGCCUCCACUGCUGCCUGUGUGUGAUUUAAACUCAGCAUUUAUAUGGAUUUCCCACCAGACACACACACUCAGUCACACACAACUGUGUUCUCUCACACACAUACUCUCUCACUCAAACAUAGACAUAUACUCACACAAACACCCUUUUUCUGAGCCGGACUGAGUUUCUGUGUGGACUUCUCUCCCAACAUGGCGACAGCAGCAGACCAUGUGACUCUGGGAACAGAGAGAGGGAGAAAGGCAAGGUCCGGACGGUGGAGAAGGAGAGAUGAGUAGACUGAAGGAGGAUGCUCUCAGCAUGCUGUUGAGAGGGGGAGAGAGAGACUCUACCAACCUGACUCUCUCUCACGGGUAUAAAUCCGACCUAGGCUACUUUAUGAAUGUGAUUUGAAAUCUAUGACACUUGACUGUAUGAAGAGGUCACAGAGGGCUAAUGUAUAGGUGAAGGCUUUUGUUCCAGCCAAGCAGCCAGUAACACACCGAAGGCCUCAUUUAUAACAUUAGCUGCCUGAAAUGAAAUUUUCCACAAGUACAUAGUAGCCAGGCAAAUAGAAAAAGUAGCCAGCCAGGCCGCCCCGGAAUGUUUUUGCCGAAGGAGCUCUAUUUUUGUGUCCUCUGGUACAUUCUAAUGCCUUGAUUCCAUCUGAAAUGCACAGCGAAAUUAUUGAAUACUUUAUCGAGUUUACCUCCCAGAUUGGAAACAUUUGUUGUGGUAUUGUGUAGAAAGACAUGACUUUAAAAAAUGUACUACUGAAAAUGUAUGAAUUCAGUGUAUUGUUAGUUGUUUUGGAUAUUGUCUAGGCCUAUAUGAUCAGGAUUAUUUUCUAAGUAAGCAAAUAUUAAACCUUUUAACAUUCAACCUGUCUUCUCUUGAGAUUAGUCUAAUUUACAGUUUUACUGCAAUAUAUACACUACCUACCGGUCAAAAGUUUUAGAACAGCUACUCAUUCAAGGGUUUUUCUUCAUUUUUACUAUUUUCUACAUUGUAGAAUAAUAGUGAAGACAUCAAAACUAUGGAAUAACACAUAUGGAAUCAUGUAGUAACCAAAAAAGUGUUAAACAAAUCAAAAUAUGUUAUAUUUGAGAUUCUUCAAAUAGCCACCCUUUGCCUUGAUGACAGCUUUGCACACUCUUGGCAUUCUCUCAACCAGCUUCAUGAGGUAGUCACCUGGAAUGCAUUUCAAUUAACAGGUGCCUUCUUAAGUUAAUUUGUGGAAUUUCUUUCCUUCUUAAUGUGUUUGAGCCAAUCAGUUGUGUUGUGACAAGGUAAGGGGGGUAUACAGAAGAUAGCCCUAUUUGGUAAAAGACCAAGUCCAUAUUAUGGCAAGAACAGCUCAAAUAAGCAAAGAGAAACGACAGUCCAUCAUUACUUUAAGACAUGAAGGUCAGUCAAUACAGAACACUUCAAGAACUUUGAAAGUUUCUUCAAGUGCAGUCGCAAAAACCAUCAAGCACUAUGAUGAAACUGGCUCUCAAGAGGACCGCCACAGGAAUGGAAGACCCAGAGUUACCUCUGCUGCAGAAGAUAAGUUCAUUAGAGUUACCAGCCUCAGAAAUUGCAGCCCAAAUAAAUGCUUCACAGAGUUCAAGUCACAGACACAUCUCAACAUCAACUGUUCAGAGGAGACUGUGUGAAUCAGGCCUUCAUGGUCGAAUUACUGCAAAGACACCACUACUAAAGGACACAAAUAAUAAGAAGAGACUUGCUUGGGCCAAGAAAAACAAGCAAUGGACAUUAGACCGGUGGAAAUUAGGUCUGGAGUCCAAAUUGGAGAUUUUUGGUUCCAACCGCCGUGUCUUUGUGAGACUUUUGUGUGUCUUUGGGAUGAUCUCUGCAUGUGUAUUUCCCACCGUAAAGCGUGGAGGAGGAGGUGUUAUGGUGUGGGGGUGCUUUGCUGGUGACACUGUCUGUGAUUUAUUUAUAAUUCAAGGCACACUUAACCAGCAUGGCUACCACAGCAUUCUGCAGCAAUACGCCAUCCCAUCUGGUUUGGGCUUAGUGGGACUGUAAUUUGUUUUUCAACAGGACAAUGACCCAACACACCUCCAGGCUGUGUAAGGGCUAUUUUACCAAGAAGGAGAAUGAUGGAGUGCUGCAUCAGAUGACCUGGCCUCCACAAUCCCCCGACCUCAACCAAAUUGAGAUGGUUUGGGAUGAGUCGGACAGCAGAGUGAAGGAAAAGCAGCCAACAAGUGCUCAGCAUAUGUGGGAACUCCUUCAAGACUGUUGGAAAAGCAUUCCAGGUGAAGCUGGUUGAGAGAAUACCAAGAGUGUGCAAAGCUGUCAUCAAGCUAAAGGGUGGCUAUUUGAAGAAUCUCAAAUGUAAAAUAUAUUUUGAUUUGUUUAACACUUUUUGGUUACUACAUGAUUCCAUAUGUGUUAUUUCAUAAUUUUGAUGUCUUCACUAUUAUUCUACAAUGUAGAAAAUAGUAAAAAUAAAGAAAAACCCGAAUGAGUAGGUGUUCUAAAACUUUUGACCGGUGGUGUUAAUUGCCACAAUUAUGUUCAUUAAAUUAUGUAUUUUAUGAAAACAGAAAAAUUAAGUAAAUAGCCCACAUUAUCUUGAAAAAUAAGUUAAAGGUUUUGUUUUUCCAGGUUUCUGGGGGGGUUUUUCGCUCUCAACAUUACACUUGUUUAAAUAAAAAAAUUAUAAAAAAUCCCAACAAUGCUUAAACCACAUCAGAAGUCCACUUUUGAGGUCUGGGAAAGAGCUGAGAAAUUUAGAUUUUUUGGGUAUAGUUACCCUUUAAUUCAAGUGUGCACCUAGCAAGAGGCUGUUUAGCUGUGUUUUUGUAGCACACGUGAUGGUAGAUUCAAAACAAAUACCCACAGGAUUGAUGAAAAUAGUCAUGAUAUUGUUCUGCCAUCUAAGCAGAGGCUACUUUGUAGUUAAAGAUGCAUUAUGCAGAAAUCGCGCCGCCAUGUCUUGGUUGCAAUAUUUUGAAUAGUUUGCCUGAUUUCUGUUUAUAUGACAAAACAAGCAAGAUAAUCAUUCUACCAUCUAAACCACUGUGAAAUCUUUUCCAUAACCAAAAAUGUUGUUUUUAGUUGAUUCCCUAGUAAGGUCAAUACAUUUGUGUAUUGUUGAAUUCCGUUUUAAUGCCUGGAUUCUGAGAGGGCCCUAAUUAUCAUAUUUGGACCCGAAUGAGGCUCUCCACUACCUAUUGUUCCUGCAGUUAUGAUUCACAGUCUUCAUUAAAUGUUUUCAUAAUUUAUUUGCAGAUCAUCGCCAAAAAUCCUAGGCCUACCAGUAGCCUAUUCAAAUUAGGCAGCCAAAUGAACGGCUCUCUCACUGAUGCGAUUCGGUAGGUUACACUGACUGAUGAGACGAGAGUCACUCACUUUAGCGUCACUGUCUGGCAAGCCCCAACAUCCUAGGAAAGGAAACCUAGGAAAUCCUUUGGUUUACUUAUCCCGGUGCGAUACCAUGGACAUAUACUUAGUGGUCAGUUUAUUAGUUACACCACCCCGUUCACGAAAAUGGUUCGCUCCUACAGACAGUGAGUCACGUGGCUGUGGCUUGCUAUAUAAAGCAGGCAGACCGGCAUCAAGGCAUUCAGUUACUGUUCGAUUUGAACGUUAGAAUGGGAAAAGCGACUUUGAGCAUGGUACGAUCAUCGGUGCCAGGCGCACUGGUUCCAGUAUCUCAGAAACGGCCGGCAUCCUUGGCUUUCACGCGCGACAGUGUUUAUGGAAAAUAACAAAAAAAGAAAUAGAAGGCAAAUAAAAUAUAAAAAGGCAAUUAACGGCGCAGUACAACAGUGGUGUGCAGAAUGGCAUCUCGGAACGCACAAAUCGUCAGUCCUUGUCACGGAUGGGCUAUUGCAGCAGACGACCACUCCGGGUUCCACUCCUAUCAGCUAAAAACAAGAAGAAGCGUCUCCAGUGGGUGCGCGAUCACAUUGCCUGGUCCGACAAAUCCCGGUUCCUGUUGCAUCAUGAUGGCAGAGUCAGGAUUUGACAUAAGCAGAGUCCAUGGCCCCAUACUGCCUGGUGUCAUUGGUACAGGUUGGUGGUGUAAUGGUGUGGGGAAUGUUUUCCUGGCAUACGUUAGGUCCCUUGAUACCAAUUGAGCAAUGUUUAAACUCCACACCUUGUAGAAUCCAUGCCCCAAAGAAUUCAGGCUGUUCUGGAGGCAAAUAUCCCAUGUUUCAUGAGCUGAAAUAAGAGAUUUUCCAUACACACAAAAAGCUUAUUUCUCUCAGAUUUUGUGCACAAAUUUGUUUGCAUCCCUGUUAGUAAGCAUUCCUCCUUUGUCAAGAUAAUCCAUCCACCUGACAGGUGUGGCAUAUCAAGAAGCUGAUUUAAACUGCAUGAUCAUUACACAGGUGCACCUUGUGCUGGAGACAAAAGGCCACUCUAAAAUGUGCAGUUUUGUCACACAACACAAUGCCACAGAUGUAUCAAGUUUUGAGGGAGCGUGCAGUUGUCAAGUUGACUGCAGGAAUGUCCUCCAGAGCUCUUGCCAGAUAAUGUAAUGUUAAUUUCUCUACCAUAAGCCGCCUUCGUUGUUUUAGAGAAUUUGGCAGUACGUCCAACUGGCCUCACAACUGCAGAUCACGUGUAACCACGCCAGCACAGGUUCUCCACAUCCGGCUUCUUCACCUGUGGGAUCGUCUGAGACCAGCCAACCGGACAGCUGAUGAAACUGUGGGUUGGCACAACUUUUUAAAGUAUCGACAUACUAAUCGGCCAAAAUAUUGCGAUAUGUAACUGUUAAUUUUUUUUGUUAGUUUUAUCACUAGUUAUUACACCACUUCCUUUCCCCAUUCAUGACCAUGGAAGGAUUGGAUAGGUUCCACCACCUUGCUUUGACUUUGGAAGUCCUACUAGAAAGUGUAUGCCCUCAGGCCUGGAGGGAAGCAAAAGUUAUUCCCCUACCUAAGAAUAGUAAAGCCCCCUUAACUGGCUCAAAUAGCCGACUAAUCAGCCUGUUAUCAACCCUUAGUAAACUUUUGUAAAAAAUGGUGUUUGACCAGAUAAAAUGCUAUUUUACAGUAAACAAAUUGACAGUCUUUCAGCACGCUUAUAGCGAAGGACAUUCAACAAGCACAGCACUUACACAAAUGUCUGAUGAUUGGCUGAGAGAAAUUGAUGAUAAAAUGUUUGUGGGGGCUGUUUUGUUAGACUUCAGUGCAGCUUUUGACAUUAUCGAUCAUAGUCUGUUGCUGGAAAAACUUGUGUUAUGGUUUUACACCCCCUGAUAUAUUGUGGAUAAAGAAUUACCUGUCUAACAGAACACAGAGGGUGUUCUUUAAUGGAAGCCUCUCCAAUAAAAUCCAGGUAGAAUCAGGAAUUCCCCAGGGCAGCUGUCUAGGCCCCUUUCUUUUUUCAAUCUUUACUAACGACAUGAGUAAAGCCAGUGUGUCUAUGUAUGCGGAUGACUCAACACUUUACACUUCAGCUACCACAGCGACUGAAAUGACAGCAACACUUAACAAAGAGCUGCAGUUAGUUUCAGAAUGGGUGGCAAUGAAUAAGUUAGUCCAAAAUAUUUCAAAAACUAAAAGCAUUUUAUUUGGGACAAGUCAUUUACUAAAACGUAAACCUCAACUAAAUCUUGUAAUGAAUAAUGUGGAAAUUGAGCAAGUUGAGGAGACUAAAUUGCUUGGAGUAACCCUGGAUUGUAAACUGUCAUGGUCAAAACAUAUUGAUACAACAGUAGCUAGGAUGGGGAGAAGUCUGUCUAUAAUGAAGCGCUGCUCUGCAUUCUUAACAGCACUAUCAACGAGGCAGGUCCUACAGGCCCUAGUUUUGUCACACCUGGCCUACUGUUCAGUCGUGUGGUCAGGUACCACAAAGAGGGACUUAGGAAAAUUGCAAUUGGCUCAGAACAGGGCCGCACGGCUGGCCCUUGGAUGUACACAGAGAGCUAACAUUAAUAAUAUGCAUGUCAAUCUCUCCUGGCUCAAAGUGGAGGAGAGUGACUUAAUCACUACUUGUAUUUGUGAGAGGUAUUGACAUGUUGAAUGAACUGAGCUGUCUGUUUGAACAACUGGCACGCAGCUCGUACAAGACAUACCACCAGAGGUCUCUUCAAAGUCCCCAAGUCAAGAACAGACUAUGGGAGGCGCACAGUACUACAUAGAGCCAUGACUACAUGGAACUCUAUUCCACAUCAAGUAACUCAUGCCAGCAGUAAAAUUAGAUUUAAAAAACAGAUAAAAAUACACCUUAUGGAACAGCGGGGACUGUGAAGCAACACAAACAUAGACACAUGCAUACAAACACACGAUAACAUAUGCACUAUACACACUUGUACACAUGGAUUUUGUGUUAUAGAUAUGUGGUAGUAGAGUAGAGGCCUGAGGGCACACACUUAAUAUGUUGUAAAAUCUGUUAUGGGGAUCCAUAAUUAAUAGAAAUACAAAUGCAAAUGGUGCUUGUAAAGGCUUGCCUGACGAUUCAAACUGAAUUCUCCCGCUACUCUAUGUUCGCUACAUACUUCAGUAGGACUGCCAUCGUUGAAGUCGUUUGUGGUGACGUCAAAAUGAGGGGUGUUGUACAAAAGUCAUCAGCGAUUUGGAUAAUCUCUAACCAAUCAGAGUAUCAAAGCCAAUGACGAAUUUUCCAAACGCCACUUUACCCACGUGUGUUGUGGCUCUGGCACAACCCAUCAGUUUCUGGGACCAAUCAGAAUAGUUAGAAUGUGUUUGCGUUCUAGAAAUGGGCAGGGUUACUCAGAUCCAGAAUCACUGCGGAGGGCGCGGCUUAGCGUUCGGCUGGAGCAAGGAGUUUGGGUAGCCAGGCAAUGUAAAGGCUUACCGAGCUGUCAAUUAAAACUUUAGGCAGAGCUCUCAAGAGAGCUUGAUCCCAAUUCGUCAUGCUGUCUUGGACUUUGACUGAAUGCAGGCCAGGGAAGUGGUGAUGGGUGCAUGCUAUCACCAUGCAUGUCAAUGAAUAAGGGCACAAAGACUGAUGUAAGUGUCCAAUGCUGCUAAGGGCUACUUUAUCAUGGACUAAAGGAGGGAGGUACACGACAUGGUUGACUUGUGCACUAGAUGCGUAUCAUUGACGUAGAACUCUGUGUCUGGUCUACCCUCCCCAGGACCGUAAGAUGCUGUCCACGGCCCAGCAGAUGCUUCAGGACAGCUGCACCAAGAUUGAGCUGCUCCGCAUGCAGAUUGUCAAAGUCACUCACGCCAGAGAGGGGGAGCGGGAGGCCACAGAGACAGAUGGUGAGAUACACCCGACCUGUGUGUGUGAGCGAGCUUGUUUGUCCUUUGCCAUGUCAUUGUUUUGGUUGUAUGUGUGUGACUGUGAUUAGUGUUUUUCCCAGUUCUUGUUUGCUUUCCCGGUGCCAUUUCUAUGUGUUUGUUCAUUGGUCCCUGCAGGCCGACCCUCUGAGACGAUCAGUCCUCUGGAGCUACGUGUGGCUGAGCGCCGGCACCACCUGAAGAUCGAGGCUGCCAUGGCAGAGGGGGCCAGGAACGUGGUCAAGCACCUGUGGUGGGGCGCAAGGUGCAGGACCGCCGGGCACUGGCAGAGGUUGGUGGGCACCAGGAUAUAAGUGAGGUCUUUUAGAGGAGAUCUCGUUAAUGGAGGUCUGAUUAUUUUUGGGUUGCAGGUUAAGACACCUAGUUAAUGUUUUCCUGUCUGGAAACAUUCGUUAUGAGUACCUGGUGGGUCACAAAGACAUUUCUAAAAGUGUGUGUGUGCUCAUGUACAGUGAGCUCCAUAAUUAAUUGGACAGUGACAAUUUUUUUGUUAUUUUGGUUCUGUACUCUAGCACUUUGAGUUUGAAAGGAUACAAUGACAAUGAGGGUGAAGUGCAGACUGUCAGCUUUAAUUUGAGGGUAUUUUCAUACAUGUUGGAUGAACCGUUUAGAAAUUAUAGAAGCUUUUGUACAUGGUCCCCCCCAUUUUCGGGCAUCAAAAGACAUUGGACAGUUUAACAUAAUGUAGAAUAAAGUAAUCAUUGUUAAUAUUUGGUCGCAUAUCCUUUGCAUGCAAUGACUGCUUGAAGUCUGCGAUGCAUCGACAUCACCAGACGCUGGGUAUCUUCCCUGGUGAUGCUCUGCCAUGCCUGUACUGCAGCCAUCUUCAGUUCCUGCUUGUUUCGGGGACUUAUUGCCUUCAGUCUCCUCUUCAGCAUGUAAAAUGCAUGUUCAAUUGGAUUCAGAUCCGGUGAUUGACUCGGCCAGUCAAGGAUUUUCCACUUUUUGGCCAUCAAAAACCCCUUCGUUGCUCUAGCAGUAUGUUUAGGGUCAUUGUCUUGUUGCAUGAUGAAGUGCCGUCCAAUGAGUUUGGAGGCAUUUGGUUUUAUCUGAGCAGAUAAAAUAUUUCUGUAGACUUCAGAAUUCAUUGUUCUACUUCUGUCUGCAGUCACAUCAUCGAUGAAGACAAGUGAGCCUGUUCCACUGGCAGCAUACAGGCCCAAGCCAUAACACCCCCUCCACCAUGUUUCACGGAUGAGGUGGUAUGCUUUGGAUCAUGGGCAUUUCUUAUUUUUCUCCACACUUUCCGCUUUCCAUCACUCUGGUACAUGUUAAUCUUUGUCUCAUCUGUCCACAAUACUUUUUUCCAGAACUCUUGGGGCUCUUUUUAGGUGCUUUUUAGCAAACUGUAAUCUCGCCUUUCUGUUCUUCAGGCUUAUAAGUGGUUUGCAUCUUGUAGUGUACCCUCUGUAGUCCUGCUGAUGUAGUCUUCUACGUAUGGUAGACUUUGACACAUCUACACCUGCAUCCAGGAGAGUGUUUUUGAUCUGUUGGGCUGUUGUCAGGGGGGUUUUCUUCACCAUAGAGAGUAUUCUCCGGUCAUCCACUACAGUGGUCUUCCUCGGUCUACCGGGUCUUUUGACAUAAUUGAGUUCACCGGUUUUUUUUUUCUUGAUAAUAAUGAACCAAACUGUUGACUUGGGCAUGGCCAGGGUUUUUGCAAUGUUCCUGAUUGAUUGAUUUUCAUUUCUGAGCCUUAUGACGGCCAGCUCCAUUUGCAUCGACACUGCUGUCUUCCUCAUGUUGUCACACCCCAACAACAACCUCCAAAGGCAAUAGCAAAGUCUAGGAUCAAUACUAUUCAUCAACAGCUCUCCUGCAUUCACUAACGACACAAAUGAAUACACCUGCCUAACGACACACAUCUGUGAAGCCAAUUUAUCAAAUACUUGUAGUACCUUAAAAUGGGGGGACCAUGUACAAAAGGUGCUGUCAUUUCUAAACGGUUCAUCUGAUAUGUAUGAAAGUACCCUCAAAUUAAAGCUGACAGUCUGCACUUCACCCUCAUUGUCAUUGUAUCCUUUCAAACUCAAAGUGCUAGAGUACAGAACCAAAUUAACAAACAAAUGGUCACUGUCCAAUGAAUUAUGGAGCUCACUGUAUGUGACUGAGUGUUCUCCAGGCCCAGGCCAGGCUGCAGGAGUCAUGCCAGAAGCUGGACCUGCUACGUCUGCCUCUGGAGCGCCGUCUAACCGAGCUGCCCGGGGACCACCCUAAGUGGGCUGCUAUCAAGGAGAAGCUCACCCUGGGUGCCGCCUCGCCCUCCCUGGGCCUGCAGCUGGAGCGUCUCAACUCCACCUACUCUUCCUGCUCCUCAUCCUCCUCCUUCAAACCUGCCACUAUCACAGGUUUCCUGUUUUGGUUAACUAUUCAAAAUGUGUGUGUGAUACUUUGUUUGGUCUCAUUGUUUUCUUUUUGUAUGGUACAAUUUGAUAUUUUGUUCUAUUAUAUAUUGAUGUGACCCUGAAGGAAAAUACUCAAAUGAAAAGACAAAAAUGUGUGUAUGCUCUUGUAUAAACUGGAGCAAAGGACAUGGUGUUUUAAUGACCUUCUCAGUGCAGUAAGCCUGCUCCUGAAGUAAUAUUCCCUGUAUGUUGUCUGUCCCCUCUCCAGGGCGGUUGGAGGUGCAACUGAUGGGCUGCCAGGACCUGCAGGAGUCGGUGCUGGGCCACUGCCGUAUGGCAAGCAUCACGUCCACCCCAGGCAGCCCCUCUGAGGCCAAGUCCCUGAACAUGAGGGCCGGUCUCUCCGGGCGAAGAACCAACGGAAAAACCACCAAGACCGAAGAACUCUCCAGUCUACACUAGUCUUAUGCAACAUUUAAAAAAACAUUUUCAUUACUCCCAUAAACAUACAAAUCAUGGACAUUUUGGGAUUAGAGCCAUACAAUCAUACGACCCAGUAUCUUAGUAUCCCAGUGCAUUUGGAAACUAUUCAGACCCCUUUGCUUUUUCCACAUCUGGUUACAUUACAGCCUUAUUCUAAAAUUGAUAAAAUAAAUAAAAUAUCCUCAUCAAUACCCCGUAAUGACAACGUGAAAGCAGGUUUUUAUAGAUUUUUGCAAAUCUAUAAAAAAUUUAAAACUGAAAUACCUUAUUUACGUAAGUAUUCAGACCGUUUGCUAUGAGACUCGAAAUUGAGCUCAUGUGCAUCCAGUUUCCAUUGAUCAUCCUUGAGAUGUUUCUACAACUUGAUUGGAGUCCACCUCUGGUACAUUCAAUUGAUUGGACAUGAUUAGGAAAGGCACACACCUGUCUAUAAGGUCCCACAGUUGACAGUGCAUGUCAGAGCAAAAACCAAGCCAUGAGGUCAAAGGAAUUGUCCGUAGAGCUCCGAGACAGGAUUGUGUCGAGGCACAGUUCUGGGUAAGGGUACAAAAAUGUUUAUGCAGCAUUGAAGGUCUGCAAGAACACAGUGGCCUUCAUCAUUCUUAAAUGGAAGAAGUUUGGAUCACCAAGACUCUUCCUAGAGCUGGCCCGCCCGGCCAAACUGAGCAAUCGGGGGAGAAGGGCCUUGGUCAGGGAGGUGACCAAGAACCAGAUGGUCACUCUGACAAAGCUCCAGAGUUCGUCUGUGGAGAUUGGAGAACCUUCCAGAAGGACAACCAUCUCUGCAGCACUCCACCAAUCAGGCCUUUAUGGUAGAGUAGCCAGACGGAAGCCACAUCCUCAGUAAAAGGCACAUGACAACCCGCUUGGAGUUUGCCAAAAGGCACCUAAUGGAUUCAGACCAUGAGAAACAAGAUUCUCUGGUCUGAUGAAACCAAUAUUGAACUCUUUGGCCUGAAUGUCUCUGAAUGUCCUUGAGUGGCCCAGCCAGAGCCCAGACUUGAACCUAAUCGAACAUCUCUGGAGAGACCUGAAAAUAGCUGUGCAGCAACGCUCCCCAUGCAAUCUGACAGCGCUUGAGAGAAUCUGCAGAGAAGAAUGGGAGAAACUCCCCAAAUACAGGUGUGCCAAGCUUGUAGCAUCAUACCCAAAAAGACUCGAGGCUGUUAUCACUUCUGAAGGUGCUUCAGCACAGUACUGAGUAAAGGGUCUGGAGACUUACAGUUGAAGUCGGAAGUUUACAUACACAUAGGUUGGAGUCAUUAAAAGUUGUUUUUUAUCCACUCCACAAAUGUCUUGUAAAAAACGAUCGUUUUGGCAAGUCGGUUAGGACAUCUACUUUGUGCAUGACACAAGUAAUUUUUCCAACAAUUGUUUAAGGACAGAUUAUUUCACUUAUAAUUCACUGUAUCACAAUUCCAGUGGGUCAGAAGUUUACAUACACUAAGUUGACUGUGCCUUUUAAACAGCUUGGAAAAUUACAGAAAAUGAUGUAAUGGCUUUAGAAGCUUCUGAUAGGCUAAUUGACAUCAUUUGAGUCAAUUGGAGGUGUACCUGUGGAUGUACCUACCUUCAAACUCAGUGCCUCUUUGCUUGACAUCAUAGGAAAAUCAAAAGAAGUCAGCCAAGACCUCAGAAAGAAAAUUGUAGACCUCCACAAGUCUGGUUCGUCCUUGGGAGAAAUUUCCAAACGCCUGAAGGUACCACGGUCAUCUGUUCAAACAAUGGUACGCAAGUAUAAACACCAUGGGACCACGCAGCCGUCAUACCGCUCAGGAAGGAUACACGUUCUGUCUCCUAUAGACAAAUGUACUUUGGUGCGAAAAGUGCAAAUCAAACCCAGAACAACAGCAAAGGACCUUGUGAAGAUGCUGGAGGUAACAGGUACAAAAGUAUCUAUAUCCACAGUAAAAUGAGUCCUAUAUCGACAUAACCUGAAAGGCCGCUCAGCAAGGAAGAAGCCACUGCUCCAAAACCGCCAUAAAAAAGCCAGACUAAGGUUUGUCACUGCACAUGGGGACAAAGAUCUUACUUUUUGGAGAAAUGUCCUCUGGUCUGAUGGAACAAAAAUAGAACUGUUUGCCCAUAAUGACCAUCGUUAUGUUUGGAGGAAAAAGGGGGACGCUUGCAGGCCGAAGAACACCAUCCCAACGUGAAGCACGGAGGUGGCAGCAUCAUGCUGUGGGGGUGCUUUGCUGCAGGAGGGACUGGUGCACUUCACAAAAUAGAUGGCAUCAUGAGGAAAGAAAAUUAUGUGGAUAUAUUGAAGCAACAUCUCAAGACAUCAGUCAGGAAGUUAGCUUGGUCGCAAAUGGGUCUUCCAAAUGGACAAUGGCCCCAAGCUUUUUUCCAAAGUUGUGGCAAAAUGGCUUAAGGACAACAAAGUCAGGGUAUUGGAGUGGCCAUCACAAAGCCCUGACCUCAAUCCUAUAGAUAAUAUGUGGGCAGAACUGAAAAAGCGUGUGCGAGCAAGGAGGCCUACAAACCUGACUCAGUUACACCAGUUCUGUCAGGAGGAAAGGGCCAAAAUUCACCCAACUUAUUGUGGGAAGGUUGUGGAAGGCUACCCGAAACAUUUGACCCAAGUUAAACAAUUUAAAGGCAAUUCUACCAAAUACUAAUUGAGUGUAUGUAAACUUCUGACCUACUGGGAAUGUGAUGAAAGAAAUAAAAGCUGAAAUAAAUCAUUCUCUCUACAAUUAUUAUGACAUUUCACAUUCUUAUAAUAAAGUGGUGAUCCUAACUGACCCAAGACAGGGAAUUUUUACUAGGAUUAAAUGUCAGGAAUUGUGAAAAACUGAGUUUAAAUGUAUUUGGCUAAGUUGUAUGUAAUCUUCCGACAUGUAAAUGUGAUAUUUCCGUUUUUUGUUGUUUUGUUUUACAUUUGCAAUAAUUUCUAAAAACCUGUUUUUGCUUUGUCAUUAUGGGGUAUAGUGUGUAGAUUGAUGAGGGGGGACAAACUAUUUUAUCAAUUUUAGAAUAAGGCUGUAACGUAAGAAAAUGUGGAAAAAGUCAAGGGGUCUGAAUACUUUCUGAAUGCACUGUAUAUGAUCUAACAGCCAGUGUGUGUAUGUGGAGGUGUACUGACUGAUUUAUCUGUCCCACUGUAUGUUGUCCACAGCGGAGAUCAGUGCAGUGCUAAAAGUGGACAACAGGAUGGUUGGCCGGACACACUGGAGAGUUCUGAGCAAGGACACCUGGGACCAGAGCUUCAGCAUCGAGCUGGAAUGGGUCAGUGUUCUGUUUAGCACUAGUAGGAGCAGUUCAAGCAUUCUAGUUAUUUUCUCAGAUAACAUCCUAGAGUUGCCAUGUUAAAUUGUGUAAAAAUGCACGGAAUUAGCUUUAGAUCCCCAGACCCCCCCCCGCCCCCCCCACCCACACACACACACACACACCCCCUCUCCACCCCCAGUUGAUCUAUCAAUGGCACUCGUCUCAUCAAUGCUUAAAUCUUCAGUUGGAAGGCAAUUUUUCCCCCCCAUAUUGAUAGUAAGUAUUCAAGAGGGGUAGGAUUUAAGUGUCUGCUGUUGGAAAGCAGUCUGCUACAGACAUGACCAUUUCGCACUCACGUGCACGUGCCUGCAGCUUUCCUCCUUAAUAAUCUCCAGAUAGACUACUAAUCAGCUUCAGCUGCAACCAUCAAGCUCCAGAGUGCUCAGACAGAAACUGUCAUCGUGGCCAUCCAGAGUCUCUGCUGCUGGGUAGCAGAGAGCAAUCACCCAUCUCUCACGCCUCCACUCCCACUCUGCAGCUGUAAUCCCACUGCUAAUCCUUAAACAUUUUCCACUAAUCUCAAUCCUUGCCUCCAAAAGCCUAACAUGGGGACAUGAUUCAGCUCCAAGACUACUUUCAGCUGAGCUGCUGCUCCUAGCGCGAGGGCACACACUACUUUUAGUUCCAAGCUCUCAGCCUCGGUCUUAAAAGGUCACAGCUGAGUCGUGCUGUGCUGUUUUUUUGGAUUGUGCUGCUGAAAGCCUCUGGCUGGGGCUAUUUCAAGGGAAGCGAGAUAAACAGGUUUUUCUUGUAGAGGAAGAUAAGGGAAGACCUUGUUGCAAUCUGUUAAAGAUGGUCCCUUAUCCCCGCAUAUCUUUUUACAGUUCUUCCCCUGACAUUCUAAAAACCACUAACGUGUCCAGUCCAGGGAGCUGGAGAUUGGGGUGUAUUAACGGCACUGGAGGGCCCUGUGCUCAGUCAAAUUCCUGCAUCAAGGAUUUAUUGGACAACCAGCGCUACGGCAUGUAUCUCUACCUGGAGCCCCAGGGCAUGCUCUUUGCUGAGGUCAGUAGCGCCCUUAAUUUCACAAUCAACAUUAGACAUGUCACAAUCACUAAUAUCACCUUUAGACAUUUUAAAUAUACAAUACCAGUCAAAAGUAUGGACACACCUACUCAUUCAAGGGUUUUUCUUUAUUUUUUAUUAUUUUCUACAUUGUAGAAUAAUAUUGAAGACAUCAGAACUAUGAAAUAACACAUAUGGAAUCAUGUAGUAACCAGAAAAGUGUUAAACAAAUCAAAAUAUAUUUUAUAUUGGAGAUUCUUCAAAUAGCCACCCUUUGCCUUGAUGACAGCUUUGCACACUCUUGGCAUUCUCUCAACCAGCUUCACCUGGAAUGCUUUUCCAACAGUCUUGAGGGAGUUUCCACAUAUGCUAAGCACUUGUUGGCUGCUUUUCCUUCACUCUGCGGUCCGACUCAUCCCAAACCAUCUAAAUUGGGUUGAGGUCGAGGGAUUGUGGAUGCCAGGUCAUCUGAUGCAGCACUCCAUCACUCUCCUUCUUGGUAAAAUAGCCCUUACACAGCCUGGAGGUGUGUUGGGUCAUUGUCAAGUUGAAAAACAAAUGAUAGUCCCACUAAGCCCAAACCAGAUGGGAUGGCGUAUCGCUGCAGAAUGCUGUGGUAGCCAUGCUGGUUAAGUGUGCCUUGAAUUAUAAAUAAAUCACAGACAGUGUCACAAAGACACAGUGGUUGGAACCAAAAAUCUCAAAUUUGGACUCCAGACCAAAUGACAAAUUUCCACCGGUCUAAUGUCCAUUGCUCAUGUUUUUUGGUCCAAGCAGGUCUCUUCUUCUAAUUGGUGUCCUUUAGUAGUGGUUUCUUUAAAGCAAUUCGACCAUGAAGUCCUGAUUCACGCAGUCUCCUCUGAAUAGUUGAUGUUGAGAUGUGUCUGUGACAUGAACUCUGUGAAGCAUUUAUUUGGGCUGCAAUUUCUGAGGCUGGUAUCUCUAAUAAACGUAUCCUUUGCAGCAGAGGUAACUCUGGGUCUUCCAUUCCUGUGGCGGUCCUCAUGAGAGCCAGUUUCAUCGCAGCGCUCAUAUUUUGUGCACAUUUGUUUACAUCCCUGUUAGUGAGCAUUUCUCCUUUGCCAAGAUAAUCCAACCACCUGACAGGUAUGGCAUAUCAAGAAGCUGAUUAAACAGCAUGAUCAUUACACAGCACCUUGUGCUGGGAACAAAAGGCCACUCUAAAAUGUGCAGUUUUGUCAAAAUGCCACAGAUGUCUCAAGUUUUGCAGGAGCUUGCAAUUGGUAUACUGACUGCAGGAAUGUCCACCAGAGCUGUUGCCAGAGAAUUGAAUGUUAAUUUCUCUAACAUAAGCCGCCUCCAACGUUGUUUUAGAGAAUUUGGCAAUACGUCCAACUGGCACCACAACCGCAGACCACGUGUGGGCGAGCGGUUUGCUGGUGGCGGUGGGGUUAUGGUAUGGGCAGGUAUAAGCUACGGAUAACAAACACAAUUGCAUUUUAUCGAUGGCAAAUUGAAUGCACAGCGAUGCCGUGACAAGAUCCUGAGGCCCAUUGUUAUGCCACUCAUCUGCCACCAUCUACUCAUGUUUCAGCAGGAUAAUGCACGUCGUAUGUCGCAAGGAUCUGUACACAAUUCCUGGAAGCUGAAAAUGUCCCAGUUUUUCCAUGGCCUGCAUACUCAGACAUAUGUCACCCAUUGAGCAUGUUUGGGAUGCUCUGGAUCGACAGCGUGUUCCAGUUUCCGCCAAUAUCCAGCAACUUUGCACAGCCAUUGAAGAGAAGUGGGACAACAUUCCACCGGCCACAAUCAACAGCCUGAUCAACUCUAGGCGAAGGGAAAUGUGUCGCGCUGCAUGAGGCAAAUGGUGGUCACACAAGACACUGACUGGUUUUCUGAUCCACGCCCAGGUAUCUGUGACCAACCGAUGCAUGUCUGUUUUCCCAUUCAUGUGAAAUCCAUAGUUUAGGGCCUAAUGAAUUUAUUUCAAUUGACUGAUUUUCUUAGCGCCUAAGGCUGCAAAUAUUGAGUCUGCUUAUUCUAAUGCUUACCCAAUAAAAAUGCACUAAAUCACAGAUUUGGCACAUCAUUGCGCACGUUAGGCUACACCAUGAAAUAUACAGUCCAUUCAGAAAGUAUUCAGACCCCUUCCCUUUUUCCACAUUUUGUUAUGUUACAGACUUAUUCUAAAAUCGAUUAAAAACAAAACAAAAAUCUCAAUCUACACACAAUACCCCAUAAUGACAAAGUGAAAACAGGUUUUUAGAAUUUUUGCAAAUGUAUAAAAAAUACAAAACAUACCUUAUUUACUUAAGUAUUCAGACCCUUUGCUAUGAGACUCCAAAAUUAGCUCAGGUGCAUCCUGUUUCCAUUGAUCAUCCUUGAUGUUUCUACAACUUGAUUGGAGUCCACCUGUGGUAAAUUCAAUUGAUUGGACAUGAUUUGGAAAGGUACACACCUGUCUAUAUAAGGUCCCACAGUUGACAGUGCAUGUCAGAGCAACAACCAAGCCAUGAGGUCGAAGGAAUUGUCCGUAGAGCUCCGAGACAGGAUUGUGUCGAGGCACAGAUCUGGGGAAGGGUACCAAAAAAAAUUUCUGCAGCAUUGAAGGUCCCCAACAACACAGUGGCCUCCAUCAUUCUUAAAUGGAAGAAGUUUGGAACCACCAAGACUGAGUAAUCGUGGGAGAAGGGCCUUGGUCAGGGAGGUGACCAAGAACCCGAUGGUCACUCUGACAGAGCUCCAAAGUUCCUCUGUGGAGAUGGGAAAACCUUCCAGAAGGACAACCAUCUCUGCAGCACUCCACCAAUCAGGCCUUUAUGGUAAAGUGGCCAGACGGAAGCCACUCCUCAGUAAAAGGCACAUGACAGCCUGCUUGGAGUUUUCCCAAAAGGCACCUAAAGGACUCUCAGACCAUGAGAAACAAGAUUCUCUGGUCUGAUGAAACCAAGAUUGGCCUGAAUGCCAAGCAUCAUUUCUGGAGGAAACCUGGCACCAGCCCUACGGUGAAGCAUUGUGGUGGCAACAUCUUGCUGUGGAGAUGUUUUUCAGCAGCACCGACCACUGGAGGUUAGUCAGGAAAGAUGAACGGCGCAAGGUACAGAGAUCCUUGAUGAAAACCUGCUCCAGAGCGCUCAGGACCUCCGACUGGGGCAAUGGUUCACCUUCCAACAGGACAACGACCCUAAGAACACAGCCAGUGGCUUCGUGACAAGUCUCUGAAUGUCCUUGAGUGGCCCAGCCAGAGCCCAGACUUGAACCCGAUCGAACAUCUCUGGACAGACCUGAAAAUAGCUGUGCAGCGACGCUCCCCAUCCAACCUGACAGAGCUUGAGAGGAUCUGCAGAGAAGACUCAAGGCUGUAAUCGCUGCCAAAGGUGCUUCAACAAAGUACUGAGUAAAGGGUCUGAAUACUUAUGUAAAUGUAUAUUACAGUUAUUUUAUUUUUAACUUUUCUUAAAUUAAAAAACUGUUUUUUCUUGUCAUUAUGGGGUAUUGUGUGUAGAUUGAUGAAAAAACAACAACAAUGUAACCAAUUUUAGAAUAAGGCUGUAACGUAACAAAAUGUGGAAAAAGUCAAGGGGUCUGAAUACUUUCCGAAUGCCCUGUAUUGACAAAUUAGAGACAGUAGCGUACAAGUAGCAAAAUUGAACUCGAUUGAACAUGAAAUGUAUUUCACUAUGAUUGAAAUAGGCCUAUAUCCUUCUGCUUAUUUUAAUGCAGUCAUCUCGGUUUUCAUUUGAAGCAUAUUUUUUAUACGUUUGUAUCAUUUGCAAAGACAUUGGCAACUUUAUUUGUAGUCAACUUUGUUCUUAGGUUAUCGCAGUCAGAGAGACGGAUAAACCAUGUAAAUCUAAGUUUAGCAGAGAUCUUAGGUGUAUAAAGUGACACGGAAGGGCAAACAAACCAUCUUUCUGCGUAUGCUUCUGAUUUUCAACGCCAAACUGACCACUGGUGUGCGUGGCUAAAGAGCUCUAUUUUCAUGUCAUCUAGCUAAAGUGCUAACCUUUCAAACUUACAUUUCAUAUAAGCGAGAAAUAAUCUUUCAAAUACAAAAGGUUUAGCAAAGUUGCACCUGGCUGUUUCCAUUCCACAUUUCCGGUGUUCCUCAAAAUACAGCCGUGUGCAACUUUCCUUAACUGUGUACAGUAAAUGUAUCUUUUGUAUUUGAAUAAUUAUUUCUCGCUUAUAUGAAAGUUAAGUUCCAAACUAUCGUGUGUGUGAGGCAUAUUUGCAUUUAGACAGAGCAUUUGGGGAGUGUCGGGGGAAUUACCCUCAGGCGGCAGACAGCUUUGUGAAUAGACGGUAUAAUGUUUAACAUUACCGGCUGUUGAAUGGGCAAAGGUAACACUCACUUUGGUCAGAGACGCAUUACAGCCUUAUUCUAAAAUAGAUUAAAUAAAUACAAAUCCUCAUCAAUCUACACACAAUCCCCUAUAAUGACAAAGAAAAAACAGUUUUUUUGAUUUUUUUCAAAUUAAUAAAGUAUUCAGACCCUUUGUUGAAGCACUUUUGGCUGCGAUUACAGCCUUGCAUCUUCUUGGGUAUGACGCUAUAAGCUUGGGACACCUGUAUUUGGGGAGUUUCUCCCAUUCUUCUCUGCAGAUCCUCUCAAGCUCUGUCCGGUUAUUUUCAGGUCUCCCCAGAGAUGUUCGAUCGGGUUCAAGUCCGGGCUCUGGCUGGGCCACUCAAGGACAUGGAGAUACUUCCCGAAACCACCCCUGCAUUGUCUUGGCUGUGUGCUUAGGGUCGUUGUCCUGUUGGAAGGUGAACCUUCGCCCCAGUCUGAGGUCCUGAGCACUCUUGAGCAGGUUUUCAUCUUUCCCUCGAUCCUGACUAGUCUCCCAGUCCCUGCCGCUGAAAAACAUCCCCACAGCAUGAUGCUGCCACCACCAUGCUUCACCGUAGGGAUGGUGCCAGGUUUCCUCCAGACAUGACGCUUGGCAUUCAGGCCAAAUAGUUCAAUCUUGGUUUCAUCAGACCAGAGAAUCUUGUUUCUCAUGGUCUGAGAGUCCUUUAGGUGCCUUUAGGCAAACUCAAAGCAGGCUGUCAUGUGCCUUUUACUGAGGAGUGGCUUCCGUCUGGCCACUCUACCAUAAAGGCCUGAUUGGUGGAGUGCUGCAGAGAUGGUUGUCCUUCUGGAAGGUUCUCCCAUCUCCACAGAGGAACUCUGGAGCUCUGUCAGAGUGACCAUUGGGUUCUUGGUCACCUCCCUGACCAAGGCCCUUCUCCCCCAAUUGCUCAGUUUGGAAGAGUCUUGGUAGUUCCAAACUUCUUCCAUUUUAAGAAUGAUGGAGGCUACUGUGUUCUUGGGAACCUUCAAUGCUGCAGCCAUUUUUUGGUACCCUUCCCCAGAUCUGUGCCUCGACACAAUCCUUUCUCGGUGCUCUACGGACAAUUCCUUUGACCUCAUGGCUUGGUUUUUGCUCUGACAUGCACUGUCAACUGUGGGAAUUAUAUAGGCAGGUGUGUGCCUUUCCAAAUCAUGUCCAAUCAAAUGAAUUAAUCGCAGGUGGACUCCGAUCAAGUUGUAGAAACAUCUCAAGGAUGAUCAAUGGAAACAGGAUGCACUUGAGCUCAAUUUAGUCUCACAGCAAAGGGUCUGAAUACUUAUGUAAAUAAGGUAUUUCUGUUUUUUAUUUUGCCAACAUUUUUUGUAUUUUGCCAACAUUAUAAAUUUGCCAACAUUUCUAAAAACCUAUUUUCGCUUUGUCAUUAUGGGGUAUUGUGUGUAGAUUGAUGAGAAGAAGAAAAAUAUUUAAUCCAUUUUAGAAUAAGGCUGUAACGUAACGAAAUGUGGAAAAAGUCAAAGGGUCUGAAUACUUUCCUAAUGCACCGUACUAUGGUUAAUGAGUGUCCGAAAUUGUUGUUGUUGUUUUUCUAAUCAUUACAAAGUCUCCGCUCAUAGUUUCAGUCCUAAAAAUAGGAUUUGAUUCUAGCCAUUCUAUUUCUAUGGUCUCACUUUCCCAGCGAAGUUGCACAAUGUUUAGGGGCUCGUCCACUUUCUUAAUCUUUCUCUAGAGUAUCAAAUGUCUGUCUUCAUGGUUAUUUUUGUUCUCUCUCCUUUCCCUCCCUCAGUCCUCCAAAGUUAAUUCAGGACAACAGGCCAACACCCCAGCCAAGAACCAUACCUCAGUCCACUCCUAAGUAUGUCCCUCUCACUCACUAUAACCACCUCCUACACACAAACACACCAGUAACUGAAAUCCACUACUUUAUUAUUUAAGUACCCUCAGGACUGGAAGUGGUGUUUGUUACCUAGUUAUCUAACCUCCCCCCUCCCUCAUCUUUCACAUUCCCUCCUUCUUCGCUCUUUGUUCAAGACGAAAGAGAAUGGUGGGAUGCAAAUGGAAGACUUUGGAAAGGUACUUUCACACUCCCAACGUAAGGCCCUCAUACCUCAGGAGAGAACCUUUUAUUCCGUUACACUGGGUUGUAAUCAUUAAAAACAUUUUGCAAUGGAAAACAAAAUGUAUUCCGCUUUCUUCUGUUCGGUGCCUAAUGAACACAACCCUGUUUACUGUGUGUUGCACCUAAAUCCUUCCCUCCUCCCCACUGCCACAAGGUCUUACUGGCAGAGUUCAAGAGGUCAGGCAAACUGUAUGCCUUCAAGGCCUUGAAGAAAGGGAACGUUGUGACACGCGAUGAAGUGGACAGGUGAGCGCAAAUAGUGAGUGAAUUUAGACAUAACACUGGUUGAGGGAACUGGAUCAGAAAGACGCUAGCAGUUGCAUUCCACCUGAAAUAUACUAUUAUUGUUAUUUAUAGUGUGUGUGGUUUUUUUCGUGUGUGUGUUGGUUAUUUUGUGUGUGUGUGUGUGUUCGCGUACAUUUCUGUGAUUUUAGUUUAAUGUGUGAGAAGAGGAUCUUUGAGACGAUCAACUCCUCCCACCAUCCCUUCCUGGUGAAUAUGCACGGCUGCUUCCAGAUGGCAGACUACGUGUGCUUUGUGAUGGAGUACUCCCCCGGGGGAGACCUCAUGACCCACAUACACACCUGCAUCUUUACUGAGAGACAGGCUCGGUAAGCCUUACACAACACACACACAGACCCCAUUAUGACAGCGUGAGAGCGACCUUAGUGUGAAGCAUUGCAAUUCCAGGCUGUAAGGCAACAAAAUAUGCAAAUAAUUCAAGGGUUGUGUAUACUAUCUACAGGCACUUUAAACGUGUACCAGUGAGUGACUACAAAUGGAUAAUGCAGGCUAGUCUAAUUCUCCUUCAAGCUUUAGAGUUGGUGAUACAUCAAAACUCAUCAUUAUAUGUGUGCCAUUUUGUGCCUUGUUUAGGUUCUAUGCCUCGUGCGUGCUGCUGGGACUAGGGUUUCCUUACCAGAACAAGAUAGUUUACCGGUGAGUAAGUUCUCUCAGUGCUGCUUUCCAGCCCUCUGCCUUCGCACACCUAAUGACCUGCCUGUCAGUCAUUAUUUUUCUCAUUUCAUCCUGUCGUCUCUCUUUUUCUUUUUUCAGGGAUCUGAAGCUAGACAACCUGUUGAUGGAAGCAGAUGGCUAUGUGAGGAUAGCAGACUUUGGAUUGUGCAAGGAAGGUACGGUACAUUAUGGUUAUGGCUUCUGGAACAUUCCCUUUCAGACCCACUGUCCCUCCCACUCACUUGGUUUAUUAAAUGAACAGUCAGUGUUAAUCCGUCAGUGUUAUUAAUCAAUGAUUUAUGUUGGCCUUUCAUUUAAAGUUAUUCGCUGUUAGCCCUGGGCUAAGGAACGCCUCAGUAUUGAAAGUGGGCCAACGGUGUCAAUCUUGCUGCACGAAGUAAGGUCUUGAUUUCAGAAAAGGGAUCAAAAAGGGGCUUAGGUGGUGGGCGUGGCAGGGGGUGCGGUCGACCUGGCUGAAUAUGAGAACAUUUGAGAGAACCCCAUCUUGGCGGUGUUGUUUUAAAGCUAAUUUCCUGCAAUUCUACAUAUUCUGCCAUGGAGGUGAGAGAAAAUAUUGCAGUUUUAAAGAUAUUGUUUUGUGAUUGUUAGUUCUCAAUUAUAUACAGUGCCCUCCACUAUUAUUGGCACCCCUGUUUAAGAUGUGGUCGAGGACUUCCAAAAAUUCUCCUUUUUUUUUAAACAACAUAGAACCCAAAUGCAAAAAAAUAGAAAAAUCCUACCUUUUAUUUAAGUACAUUACUUUGGUGGUAAAAAAAAAAAUCACACAUUUAGAAAAAAAAAAACUUGAAAUCAUGUGUCCCACAAUUAUUGGCACCCCUAACAAUUCCGCUGAAAAUUUUAAUUGAUUUUUUUAAAAAUAUAUUUUUCUGUAGUUGCUAAAGUUGGUCAGGGUAUCUAGGAACUUUUAAUUAGUAAUUCAUGACUUUCUGUUUCCCUGGGGUAUAAAUAUGACGUGACACAGAGGCCUAAUUCUCUUACCCAUUUGUCAACAUGGCAAAGACAAGAGAACACACCAUUCAAGUAAGGCAGAUAUGUGUCGACCUUCAUAAGUCAGGCAAUGGCUACAAGAAAAUAGCCACUCGCCUUAACUUGCCCGUAUCUACAGUCAGAGGAAUCAUUAAGAAGUUUAAAACAACUGGAACAGUGACAAACAAGGCUGGAAGAGGUCCCAAGUUUAUCUUGCCACAACGCACAGUGAGGAGGAUGGUAAGAGAAGUAAAAAAAAGUCCUAAGCUCACUGUCACAGAAUUGCAUCAAAGAGUGGCAUCUUGGGGUCACAAAGUCUCCAAAACAACCAUCAGAUGCUCUCUACAUGCCAACAAGCUGUUUGGGAGGCAUGCAAGGAAAAAGCCUUUUCUCACUAACACUCACAAACGUAAACGUCUGGAGUUUGCUAAGCGGCACUGGGACUUCAACUGGGAUCGUGUGCUUUGGUCAGAUAAGACUAAGAUUGAGCUUUUUGGCAACAAACACUCUAAGUGGGUCUGGCGUAAAACACCUCAUGCCCACCGUGAAGUAUGGUGGAGGAUCUGUGAUGCUGUGGGCCUGUUUCUCUUCCAAAGGCCCUGGGAACCUUGUUAGGGUGCAUGGCAUUAUGAACGCUUUGAACUACCAGGACAUUUUAAAUAAAAACCUGAUGGCCUCUGCCAGAAAGCUGAAGAUGGGUCGUCAUUGGGUCUUUCAGCAGGAUAAUGAUCCAAAACAUGUGGCAAAAUCUACACAAAAAUGGUUCAGCAGUCACAAACUCAAGGUCCUCCCAUGGCCAUCUCAGUCCCCAGACCUCAACCCAAUCGAAAACCUGUGGGGCGAGCUAAAGAGGAGAGUGCAUAAGAGAGGACCCAGGACACUGGAUGAUCUAGAAAGAUUGUGCAAAGAAGAAUGGUCAAAGAUCCCUCUCUCUGUGUUCUCCAAUCUUGUGAAAUGUUAUAGGAGGAGAUUAAGUGCUGUCUUGUUGGCAAAAGGGGGUUGUACAAAGUAUUAACAUCAGGGGUGCCAAUAAUUGUGGGACACAUGAUUUCAAGGUUUAUUUUUUUCUAAAUGUGUGAUUUUUUUUUUUACACCAAAGUAAUGUACUUAAAUAAAAGGUUGGAUUUUUCUAUUUUUUUUGCAUUUGGGUUCUAUGUUGUUUAAAAAAAAAAGGAGAAUUUUUGGAAGUCCUCGACCACAUCUUAAACAGGGGUGCCAAUAAUUGUGGAGGGCACUGUAUAUAUUGUACUUUUACACUGUUUGGACUUAAGCGACCCGAAAAAAAACGCUUAGGCGGCCCACCCAAGGAUUUCAAUGGCAGAAAAAUCCCAGGAUACACACCCCUGCCAUCCCUCUAAAAGGUUAUCUUUCCCCGUCCUAUGUGUGUAUCUGCAGGUAUGGGUCACGGAGAUCGCACCUCCACAUUCCGUGGCACGCCAUAGUUCCUGGCCCCCGAGUUGCUGACGGACAACAACUACACCCGCUGUGUGGACUGGUGGGGCCUGGGUGUCCUCAUCUACGAGAUCCUGGUGGUAGAGGUCGGUAGCAGAGAGAUUAAUAAAAUAACCUAGAGCAGGGAUCUCAAACUGCCGGUGCGCGGGCCAAAUGUGGCCUGCUUAGCUCUGUGGUGCAUCCUCUUCUAUGAGAUGCUGGUGGGAGAGGUCAGUAGAAUAGAGAUACCUAGAGGAUCUCUCCGGUUAGUAGGCUCACAAGGUCCACUCCUAUGGUGAACCAACCAAGUAUUUUAAGUUUAGAUCUUGGUUGAAUUUAGAUGUUUGGACCUGAGAAAUUAAUCGAGAAACCUAAAUGAUCUUUCAUGUCAGUUGGCUCACAAUGUCCACUCAUAUGGUGAACCCAUUAAGUAUUAUUCUGAUGUUUGUUCUUGGUUGAAUAAGGAUGUUUGGUCUGGUAUGAAUUAAGAUGUUUUCGCCUGGUAUCAUGAUAGGAAUGAGGUUGUUUGGACUUUCAUUGCAAUGGCGUCUCUCUCUCUUCUCAUCUGUGGCAGUCUCCCUUCCCUGGUGACAAUGAGGAGGAAGUGUUUGACAGCAUAGUAAAUGAUGAAGUGUGCUAUCCGAGGUUCCUCUCCCCAGAGUCUGUCUCCAUCAUCCAGAAGGUAUGUGGGCCAUCCUCUCGGUAUACUGCCUUGUACAGUAUACUGCCUUCUCGUUACACAGUCUGAACCAACAACAAGCUGCAUUGCAAAUACACAACUUAUGAUAGCAAGUGGAACAACCACUUUUUUUCUUCUUUUUUUUUAUGGGGGGUGGGUGGAAGGAUGACUUUAUACUAUUCCAGGUAUUCUUUAAAGAGGUAGGGUUUCAAGUGUCUCCGGAAGGUGGUCAGUGACUCCGCAGUCCUGGCGUCGUGGGGGAGCUUGUUCCACCAUUGGGGUGCCAGAGCAGCAAAUAGCUUUGACUGGGCUGAGCGGGAACUGUGCUUCUGUAGAGGUAGGGGAGCUAGCAGGCCAGAGGUGGAUGAACGUAGUGCCCUCGUUUGGGUGUAGGGUCUGAUCAGAGCCUGAAGGUAAGGAGGUGCCGUUCCCCUUACAGCUCCGUAGGCAAGCACCAUGGUCUUGUAGUAGAUGCAAGCCUCAACUGGAAGCCAGUGGAGUGUGCAGAGGAGCGGGGUGACAUGAGAGAACUUGGGAAGGUCGAACACCAGACGGGCUGUGGCGUUCUGGAUAAGUUGUAGGGAUUUGAUGGCACAGGCAGGGAGCCCAGCCAACAGCGAGUUGCAGUAAUCCAGACGGGAGAUGACAAGUGCCUGGAUUAGGACCUGUGCCGCUUUCUGUGUAAGGUAGGGUCGUACUCUGCGAAUGUUGUAGAGCAUGAACCUGCAGGAUCGGGUCACCGCUUUGAUGUUAGCGGAGAACGACAGGGUGUUGUCCAGGGUCACGCCAAGGCUCUUUGCACUCUGGGAGGAGGACACAAUGGAGUUGUCAACCGUGAUGGCGAGAUCAUGGAGCGGGCAGUCCUUCCCCGGGAGGAAGAGGUUCAGCUUGAGAGAAGAGCAGUCUCAGUUGAAUGACCAGUCUUGAAACCUGACUGGUUUGGAUCAAGAAGGUCAUUCUGAGAGAGAUAGCAGGAGAGUUGGCUAGAGACGGCACGCUCAAGAGUUUUGGAGAGAAAAGAAAGAAGGGCUAUUGGUCUGUAGUUGUUGACAUCGGAAGGAUCGAGUGUAGGUUUUUUGAGGAGGGGUGCAACUCUCGCUCUCUUGAAGACGGAAGGGACAUGGCCAGCGGUCAAGGAUGAGUUGAUGAGUGAGGUGAGGUAAGGGAGAAGGUCUCCGGAAAUGGUCUGGAGAGGAGGGGAUAGGGUCAAGCGGGCAGGUUGUUGGGCGGCCGGCCGUCACAAGUCGCAAGAUUUCAUCUGGAGAGAGAGGGGAGAAAGAAGUCAAAGCAUAGGGUAGGGCAGUGUGAGCAGGACCAGUGGUGUCAUUUGACUUAAUAAAUGAGGAUCGGAUGUCGUCAACCUUCUUUUCAAAAUGGUUGAUGAAGUCAUCCACAGAGAGGGAGGGGGAGGAGGAUUCAGCAGGGAGGAGAAGGUGGCAAAGAGCUUUCUAGGGUUAGAGGCAGAGGCUUGAAAUUUAGAGUGGUAGAAAGUGUCUUUAGCAGCGGAAACAGAGGAAGAGAAUGUAGAGAGGAGGGAGUGAAAAGAUGACAGGUCCGCAGGGAGUCUAGUUUUCCUCCAUUUCCGCUCGGCUGCCCGGAGCCCUCUUCUGUGAGCUCGCAAUGAGUCGUCAAGCCACGGAGCAGGAGGGGAGGACCGAGCCGGCCGGGAGGAUAAGGGACAUAGAGAGUCAAAAGAUGCAGAAAGGGAGGAGAGGAGGGUUGAGGAGGCAGAAUCAGGAGAUCGGAGGGAGAAGGAUUUAGCAGAGGGAAGAGAUGAUAGGAUGGAAGAGGAGAGAGUAGCGGGAGAGAGAGAGCGAAGGUUGCGACGGCACAUUACCAUCUGAGUAGGGGGAGAGUGAGUAGUGUUGGAGGAGAGCGCAAGAGAAAAGGAUACAAAGUAGUGGUCGGAGACUUGGAGGGGAGUUGCAGUGAGAUUAGUAGAAGAACAGCAUCUAGUAAAGAUGAGGUCAAGCGUAUUGCCUGCCUUGUGAGUAGGGGGAGACGGUGAGAGGGUGAAGUCAAAAGAGGAAAGGAGUGGAAAGAAGGAGGCAGAGAGAAAUGAGUCAAAGGCAGAUGUAGGGAGGUUAAAGUCACCCAGAACUGUGAGGGGUGAGCCAUCCUCAGGAAAGGAACUUAUCAAGGCGUCAAGCUCAUUGAUGAACUCUCCAAGGGAACAUGGAGGGCGAUAAAUGACAAGGAUGUUAAGCUUGAAUGGGCUAGUGACUGUGACAGCAUGGAAUUCAAAUGAGGAGAUAGACAGAUGGGUCAGGGGAAAAAGAGAGAAUGUCCACUUGGGAGAGAUGAGGAUUCCUGUGCCACCGCGCGCUGACCAGAUGCUCUCGGGGUAUGCGAGAACACAUGGUUAGACGAGGAAAGAGCAGUAGGAGUAGCAGUGUUUUCUGUGGUAAUCCAUGUUUCCGUCAGCCCCAAGAAGUCGAGGGACUGGAGGGUAGCAUAGGCUGAGAUGAACUCUGCCUUGUUGGCCGCAGAACGGCAGUUCCAGAGGCUUCCAGAGACCUGGAACUCCACGUGGGUCGUGCGCGCAGGGACCACCAGAUUAGAGUGGCAACAGCCACGUGGUGUGAAGCGUUUGUAUGGCCUGUGCAGAGAGGAGAGAACAGGGAUAGACAGACACAUAGUUGACAGGCUACAGAGAAAGGCUACAAUAAUGCAAAGGAGAUCGGAAUGAAAUGAACUAAACAUCUGGGAAAGCGAGAGAGGGGGGGCCUCCCUCACUUACGUUUCACUGAAACACUCAAAUAUAACUCUCCCAGCUUCCACUUUAGAAAUUAUAAUUGUUGUAAACUACAGCGGUUCAAUAUUUCUAGGAAUAGACUCUAACUUAGUUUAUUCAGAUAGCUAACUUGGUACACCGAAUCCUAUGACGCCAAAGCCAACUAGCAUGCCAGCCUCCAAUAACACAGUUUAGCACCAAUACUCGGUUACAACAUACCACCAGUGUGUUAACACACCAAGCAGAUCAUUCGUGUCCGUGUCUAACGUUGUGUAAAGUUUUGGGUUAGUUUUGACAGUUUGAGUGAGUACGUCGUCAACUUAUUCAGCCAGUUAGUUAGCUAGAAUAGUUAGCAUACUAGCUAGCAAUUGCUCUCUGCCAACGAACUAACCCCUCCUCCCACGGUACGAACACACAGAGAGCCAAGCUAACGUUAGCUAGUCACCCAUGUCCCGAAUUCCCUUGAACGACUCUGGUUACCAGUAUGUAAAAACAAAAAUAAAUGUAGGUUAUAGCUUACCCUUAGUAGCCAGUUAAGUGCAAAGCUAGCCACUGAAUCGAUUCAGACAGUUUGCGUCUGUCCCAACGGAGAGAAAGCGUCUCCAAAUAUUAAAGCUAGGUCGUUCCAGCUAUUGUUUAGUUAGCUAUCCAGGUAGCUACAUUUCGAGUACAGUAGCUAAUAACUACCUAACGUUAACGCUUCAGAUAAUGAGGUUAGAAAAACAGCUGAAUGGUAGCUAGCUAGCUGGCAUAAUUACAGGUACUCUUAAGCGUGAAAUAACAUUGGAAACAACUAUCCACAGUUGCUAAUAGUUACCAGUAGCUACUCGCUAGCUAGUUAGCUUUAUUUGUCCAGGUAGUGAGUUAGCUAGCCUCGUGCUUCACCGGGCUCAGCCGAAUACAAUACUUACCUACAAUAAUUACCUACAAUAACUACCUAGAUAAACUACCUACAAUACCUAACUACAAUACCUACCUACCUACAAUCUAAAUACAUGGUUUAAGCUUUACUCGACACCAUAUAAGCCUAGCUUACCUCCCGCCAGACGAGCUCGUGGAGUUGCAGUCAAAUUACACCACUAUGUUCACCUGGUGACCGCUCCUGAAGGCCUGGGUAAACCGGGAGAUUCCAAAUUGAGGUCUUAGGGUAGCUGCACUCCGUGAAAGGAGCAGCUGGACCCGCCUAAGAUGUGAGAGGAAGCGGGCACGGGUGGAUACCACAUUUCCGAACAUAGUAUUGAGAGAGGUGAGCAGAAUAAAUCACCAAUGGGUUAAGAGACUCCCUUAAGGGGUCACAGCUGGGGUGACUGGCAGAAUUUGGUAAAGCAGGCAAUAUUUCAGAGGAAUAAGUGUCCUCUGGGAUUGAUUGCUGGUGGAACCUGUUUAGAGUAACCAAAAGUCUGGUUGGUUGGAUUGAUCCCCAGCAGACCAGUGAGGUCCGUUAGGCGAGGGACCAGAGCCAGUGGAGUCUGUGUGAGACAUUGGCCUGGCGAAACCUAAGGAUACUUGUAUAGAUUAAAUUGGGCGUUAGAAUAGACAAGGUGUGCCCUGGUUACUAUUGUUAGAUGUUAUGGUGUGAGUGUAAAAAUAAGUGUUAAUCUUAAAUUUGAAUAUUGAGCACGGGAUUGUGUUUUAGAAAGUAGCGGCAGGUCUAUAGCAUUUUUGGGAGGCUGGACUACAGGUUAGAGAACCGAGAACGGUUGAGGAUCCCGUGACAGGCGGGCAGUGUCCAGGAAACAAACGUUUUUUUUGGUUCUGUUGGGAGUAUGUUUGAAGAAGCUGCUUUGUGGCGAUGGGGUUGAUGUGAGUAUGUAGUAUCUGAGGAAUUAUAACUUUGCUAACGUUUUCAAAUGGUAUCUGAGAGGAUGUUUAUUCAGCUUGGAGGGAGCAUCUGGGGAGCAGUUUUGUGGGGACACCCCAUAGAACAGAGGAAGUCUGUUGUGUGGAGACAGGUGAUUUGUCUGUAUGGGAAACCACCCACAUCAUGGUAAAGAUUAUAAAUACUUGGUUGAGACAAAGGAGAUCAGAACAAACAUAUUAUUUUGGGUCGCUGUUCUCCAGAUGCCUGCAGACGUCUGUAAACUUAUGCUGAAAUCUUGAAAAUAAAUAAACCUUUAUAAUCAAAGUACAGUGUAAGCGGACUCCUUGGUCUCACAGCAAAGAUUAGCAUUAUUCUUUAUAAACAACAAGUACCUAAGAAUUUCUAACGUUCUAUAUGGAUUCUGUGAAUAUAUGAAAAUAUGAUGAAUUUUAUGUGUGUGUAAUCGAUUACUAGAGAUUUGAUAAAGUAAUAAUUUGAAUAAUAUUCAUAUACUAACUUGCGCACCCAAAUGUAGACUUACAUCAGGGGUGAAAAAAAAUGUAUACAAGUUUUCUGAGUUGGUCCUGUUUAUGGAUCGUUUGAUAUAGAUAAGGUUAAGCAUUAUAUGACUCUCUACAAAGUCUGGGCUAUAGUCUCAGAAACUGAUUGGGGUAUGUCCACUUUUUGGAAAACAUGGGGAAUUGAUUUACCCUAAUGAUGUAACUAUAAAAGGCUUAUGGGAAUUUCUCCGUCCUGGUACAACAUGUAAGAAAAAAAACUACCCAUAAGGCCUGGAAAUUAUUGACAUAACAUAGUACAAAGCCAAUUUAGGGUUUCCAUCAAACUAAUUAUCAUUGCGGAGCUAAUGUGAUGUAGUAAAGGAAUUUCUUAUGUCGCCAGGGAAAAUAUAAUCAGUUUUAUUAAACUCGCCAGAUCUGUUUCCAAAUCAAUGAAUGUGGAUUUAACUCGUUGACUGCUAAUGUAUUCCCUUUGAGUAAGUCUUUGCAAAUAAACACUUGGACGAACUUUAAGGCUAUUUUCUGGUAAUGGUGUCAUUAAUAUGUUCCAGAUGUUAAGACAACAAACCAUUGUAAUUGGGUUAUUUGCGUGAUUUCAUUAUUUUUUAGCAGACGUUCUUAUCCAGAGCGACUUACAGUAGCAAUUAGGGUUAAGUGCCUUGCUCAAGGGCACGUCGACAGAUUUUUUACCUAGUCGGCUCGGGGAUUAGAACCAGCGACCUUUCGGUUACUGGCACAACGCUCUUAACCACUAAGCUACCUGCCGCCAUUUCUUGGUCAUUUCAAUAGCAUUGGGUCUAUGGCAAUGACUCAAAUCUGGGUUUCUGAUUGUAAUUCAAACUAUUGGUAUGUGUUGCUUAGAUUGAUAUAGCAGCCAGUGUUUGUUUUAAGAUGUAAACUGAACGAUUUAGCAGUUUGCUUAGUUCAAAUUGAGGUAAUACUUUUUUGGUGUGUGUUGCCUAAUGGUUUACGGGAGGAACCUACUGAGAAUGGGGUUGUAAUUUAAAAUACUGAAUUAAAUAUGGAUAUGAAUUGAAUAUAUGCUUGUCAACAACAGCAAGUGUUUGUUUUAUUACCUGUAGUCUAAUCAGAAGGGACUAUUACCUAUAUCUAAUGUAUUCUAAUAAUAGUGGACAGGCAAUUGUGAUAGAGCUGUGACCAUGAUCAUAAUUAAUAACUAAACAUGGGUAUUAAUUAUUGCAUGAUAAUACAAGGCUACAACAGCAAUCUAGUAUUAUGAAAGUUGUCAAGUUCGUUUUUUUUUUUUUUUACCUUACGAUAGAGGUAAACGCAGAACAUUGUUUGAGAAUGGUUUAUAUUUUUUUCUACAAGUAAGAAUAGAAGAGUUUCCAUGUUUUAAUCUGCGGGUGUUAGCGACUGGGUCUCGCUGAACUAAAGUGGGCUGUAAGGGACACAAUGGGUUAAGUUUGGUGUAGUGGUAUGACUAAAUUGAGUGCGGAGAUGCUCUUUGACAAUUUCUAAUUAUUAUUACUAAAUUUAUAGUUUGGGUUACACCAGUGAUAUAAGCAAACAGUUAAUGUAUUCUAAACCGAUAAUCUGUUUCCAUUACGUGGAACAGUGUCCAGUAAUUAAAGUAGAUUGAAAUAAGUAUUGAAUAUUAAACUGAUGAGACAGCACCAACUUGUUUGAAGGUUCUAGAUUUGUUAAUCAACAGGUUUAUAUUUUUACUAAAUCAAUGCAACAGGUUGCAAUUAUUAGAUUACCGGAAAGGGGUUAUGGGUUUGUUUAUUUUAGAAGGUGUCUAUUCUACUUAAUGGAACACGGUAUUAUCUGAUGUGUCUUGAGAAGGAUUCUUUCUUCCAGGAUUCUUUCUUCAGUCCUGGAAGAAAGAAUCCUACUCAAGACACAUCAGAUAAUACCGUGUUCCACUACAGUAUGUAUGUUAAGGGAGACGUAGGAGACCACGUCUCAAUCGACUUUUUAAUAGAUGCCUGGGAUCAAAUAUCACUGAUUCAUUACGCUGAGAAAUGGACUGUAUUUAUGACAGAAAAAAGUAUUACAUUUAGAGGGGUAACAGGAACAACCUUAGGCGAAACAGCUAUUACAUAUGUCGUUGGACAUUGAUCCAGUCACGAUACCAUGAUAAUUUGACAUGGGAGCAAAUGGCGAUUUUGGGGUUGGAUAAUCCUUGCGAGAAUUAAAGACAAUGGAGUCUAAAGGGUAAUCAAUUAAAAAUACUCCUUGCAAACUCAGAGAACGUUGGAUGUUUUUCAUCUCUUGAGAGAUCUUAUGUCGUCUUAUUCUGGAGUAGUCACGAGGAAUUAGAUUGAAACAAACGAUUAAUGAUUUGAGGGAGGACAGUGCAAUUAUCGCCAUCAUGUUUUGUUUGUAGUUAAAACAUUUGGGUUGCUGAUUAAGAUGUAGUAAAGUGAAGGCUAAAGAAAUUGACACUUUCUCUUCCAGAAGAAUGGGGAUAGUCAUUUUCUCUCUAUUUGAAAUGUUUGCCAAGACUAUUGUCUUGGGAGAGCUGUUAGUGAAAUUCUGCAGUGUUGUUAGUAUAAAGGUUUUCCGGAUUAGGCCGUAAGAGGAGCUACCAAAUGAAAUAAGGGCUGGCCAUUUUAGUUUGUUUUUGCCCUAUGGUUUGCAAAUACCCUCACACAACACACUUGUUAUGAAUAUUUGUUAGUGUUUUAAUACCAUGUUUCACUUCUUGAAUGGACUGUUUCAUAUGGGUUUAGUGGGUUUUUCACGGGUUAGACAGACUGCACCUUAAAGGGGCACACACAUGGAAUUUUCUGAAGUUUGGGUUCAAGUUUUUUUCUUUAUGGAGUUGUUAAGGGUAGUGAUUCUUAUUCGAUUUGUUUUUUUUUAACCAGUAGUAGUGUUGUUUUUUACACAUUACUCAACUGUGCCCGUAAUUGAUUUGGACUUAUCUAAAAUUGUUAUUUGGGGUAUCAGGUUGAUUGAGGAGGUCUACACACUGCUACAUUUAUAGUAAUUUAGAUUAAGAAUGCAUUGAGAUACUGAUCUGUAAUUAUAAUGUGAUGAGGAAGUUAAUACUAGAAUUAUGGAUAUUUCUACUGUAUGUUAACAUAAAUGUACAUUCUGCCAGUGUCGAUGUGUGCUAAAUUGAGGGUUUUAACUUUGAGUGAUAGGACCAAUGUGAAUCACCUAAGAAUUGUUAUUCUAAAUUUGGUUUGGAUAAUUAAUUGGGUUUUGAUUAUGAUUUGUAAAUUGACUGAUUGAUUUGAGUAAGUUGUUAGUAUGUUAAUAACUAUAUGAGUGAAGCAAUUAAUGUAUUAUGGAUUGAUUGUUUUGAGUGUUGUUAUGCUAAUUGUGACAUGGGUAAAUAAGUUGUGUACUAAAGAUAUUGACACUAUUCUCAGCAUGUCCUAGUGAAUGAAUGGAGAGGGUGAACUCUGAUCCUGAGAGUGAAACUGAUCCUAAUCUAUUUGACUAUCCAUUACUAAAUUACAUUUUUGAUGAUAAUGGUAAUACUGAGGAACUAUGCUUGUCCUGGGUCAUGUUCAUUAGACUUAAACCGGGAGGCACUACCUGGAUUUGCCCAACAAGAUAUGCUAAUUUGAGUUUCUACAGAUGGUGUUAUGGGGAUGGAAAUAGUUCUUUCCAUCAUGCUGAUCCAUUGGAGUGUGCUAGAUAACUAAAGCUUAUUUUAUUAAACUCCAUUGUUGCAUGCACUGCAUUAUGCAUUAAAUAUUUGCUUUUCACUGUCAAUGAAGAUAUAGCCUUGAAUCAUAUAAAUUGUAUGCAUCUUUUGUUUUUCUUCAUUGGUUCGUGCAGGUGACUGUGUAUCAUGACCUCCCCAGACAAAUUGGUAGAAUGCUUAGAAUAUGUGUUGGAGGUUGAAAUGGGAGACAGUGCUGAGUUUCUUGGGAGGAGGCUGAGCCCGUGCUAUAGCAGCCGGUCACAUGCAGGAACCCAUGCAAUGAAUUAUUGCUUUUAUGCUUAACAAUGUAUGUACUUUCUACAUGUGUAUUCAUGUUUUUAAACCUUGUCAUUUUCUUUUAAGUUGAGAGAAUUCUCAAAAUGGGGGAAUGUGAGAGCAGAAAUUGCAAGAUUAUGCUAUAAUACUGUUAUUGCAUCAAAUGGUUGUUUUCUGCAAUAGAAUAGGGUUCUUAGAAACUCUCAUGUGUCUGUGUUAACACUGACAGUAGAUAUACGAUGCCUUUGGUGAUAAAACCUACAGCAUGCAUUCCAUAGAAUGAGUUGGUGUUUGUGUAAUGAGGUACCAGGGAGAGAUGGCUCGGGUAUGGAUAAUGAUGAGAGGAAGCUUGUCUUGGGGGCCAAACUCUGGUUUCUGUACAAUAAGAACAGACUUCACGGCAAAUGCUAUCUGGCUGGGGGAUACUCCUUUCUCAUAUAUCAAGUCACACCUUGUGACCCAUUCCAUACAUCUGUUAUUUGUCAUGUAGACUAAGAGGGUGUAUCUUUGCUAUAAAAGAUCUUUGUAUUCUUUGUGUCGGGGCUGUUGUGCCGACCAGCCUCGCUUAUUGCCUUAUUGAUACGUUUUGAAUAAAGUAAUAUCCUGAUUGGUGAUUGACCCUGUCUCUCCUCAUUAUUGAUUAGAAUUUCCACUACACAAGGCGCCGGUGGACGUCAGUAACUUUGACGAGGAGUUCACAAAGCUCAAGCCAGUCCUCACCACCCCACAGACACCAUACUUCCUCACUGCCUACCAACAGGAGAUCUUUGCCGACUUUGACUUCUCCUCGCUGCCCUGA